AUGGCUGGUCUUUAUCCUCCAUUUAAUUCUGAUCCACAAGAUUCUCCUGGUCUUGAAAGUCAAAUGGAUCGCAAGCCCGAUUAUGGACACUUAUCAUACAAUGGUUCAGGCAAACUUCAAGGCAAAAUAGCUAUCAUUACAGGUGGUGAUAGUGGAAUUGGACGGGCAGUUGCCUUAGCAUUUGCUCGCGAAGGUGCUACCGUUGUCAUUUCGUAUUUGAAUGAGACUGAAGAUGCUGAAGAAAUUCAAGCAGUCAUUCAGAAAGAGGGACACGAAUAUAUUUUGAUUCCAGGUGAUAUAACUGACGAAGCUUAA